UUCCCAACGUGUACUCCUGGCUAUUUCAUGUUUGCCAACCAAGGGACAAGUUGAGUUUAUGGAAAACGCACUGAGGGAGAUGGUUUCAAAGGGAUUCACAAUAAAUUCUGCCACUGGAAAUGCAUUUAUUAAAUAUUACAGCAUUUUUGGUUCAUUGACAGACAUGGAGCUCACAUAUGGCCGCCUCAAAAGGUCUAGACAUCUCAUAGGCAAAGAUGGAAUUAGGGCAAUGUCGCGUGCGUACAUUAAAGAAAAAAAGUUCUAUAGAUUGGGCGAAUUUUUAAGGGAUGUAGGUCUUGGAAGGAAAAAUGUGGGAAAUCUUUUAUGGAAUCUUCUACUGUUAUCUUAUGCAGCCAAUUUUAAAAUGAAAAGCUUGCAAAGAGAAUUUCUGAAAAUGUUGGAUGCUGGUUUUCAUCCUGAUAUUACUACCUUUAAUAUACGUUCUCUGGCGUUCUCAAGAAUGUCCUUGUUUUGGGAUCUACAUGUUAGCCUUGAACAUAUGAGACACGAGAAUGUUGUUCCUGACCUGGUAACUUUCGGUUGUAUCGUUGAUGCAUACUUGGAUCGAAGAAUGGGAAGAAACUUGGAAUUUGCUUUGCAUAAGAUGAAUUUCGAUGAUUCUCCUUCAACAUUUACUGAUAUAUUAGUUUUUGAGGCUUUAGGGAAAGGGGAUUUUCACUUAAGUUCGGAGGCAUUUUUGGAGUUCAAGAGGGUGAGGAAUUGGACUUAUGGGAAACUAGUUGCAAUUUAUGUUAAAAAGCGAUUCAGAAGGGACCAAAUCUUUUGGAAUUACUGACUAGUGCUUGAUACAUGUGCUCAGAAAUAUUUGACCAAUUGUUUGAA